UAGAGAGCAGGUCUGGUCUGGUGCAGAUAACAAAAUCCCUAGUUAGCUGAACAGGUGAAACAAAAUGCUCAGUUCUACUUCUACCUUCAUCACCACCGUAGCAGCUUCUUCUUCAUCCUCUUCUUUACCUUCCCUCAUCUUCUCCUCCUCCGCUUCUCUCUCUAAAUCCCGACUUUCUUUCUCUAGAAUCCGCUCCAAUCGUUCUUUCCCCCAAAACAACAGACAAUUCUCUCUCUACUCUCCCCCAAAGAUGAGCUGGCUCGGCAAGCUUGGAUUCGGAAACCGAUCGGAGGUGGAAAUAGACCCUGCAUCGGCCGCCAUCGCCCAGGGUCCCGACGACGAUGUUCCGUCUCCGGGUCAAGAAUUUUCUCAAUUCGGAGCUGGAUGCUUUUGGGGAGUCGAAUUAGCGUUCCAGAGGGUUCCUGGCGUCACUAAGACGGAAGUCGGAUAUACUCAAGGGUUUCUUCACAAUCCGACAUAUAAUGAUAUAUGUUCGGGUACGACGAAUCACUCUGAGGUUGUUAGGGUUCAGUAUGAUCCCAAGGAGUGUAGCUACGAGAACCUGCUCGAUGUUUUCUGGGCUAGGCAUGAUCCCACCACUCUCAACCGUCAAGGAAAUGAUGUUGGGACGCAAUACCGGUCGGGAAUUUACUUCUAUUCAGCUGAACAAGAGAGAGUGGCAAUAGAGUCGAGGGAUCGACGGGAAAAACAGCUGAACAGAAAGAUUGUAACAGAGAUUCUUCCGGCGAAGAAAUUUUACAGAGCGGAGGAGUACCACCAGCAGUAUCUGGCGAAAGGGGGUCGACUUGGGCUUAGGCAAUCUGCUGAGAAAGGCUGCAAUGAUCCAAUCCGAUGCUACGGCUAGGGAAUCUGGGUUAGUCUUCUGAUAUAUAUAUUUAUAUGAGUGAUAUGCUUGGAACCCUAAAACGGCUUAUGUUUGCUACCUGCACAUGAUCUGUAGAAAAUGGAACGAUUCUCCAAAUGAAUAAUAUUGAUUCAUCAUGUUUGGUUGGUU